AUGUAUGGUUUUGGAACUACUCGAUGGCUGUACUUCUGGUGUGUGCUAGGAUGGCUUAUGGAACAAGGGAUAUGUGUUCAGGGGUCUGAGGGAGAAGUGGCUGUAGUGCCGCAGCAUUUAAAUGAACAGGAUGAUACCACUGAACAGGAGUGGUCAGUAGAAGUUGUUUGGGCGGCAAGGAAAGAAGUGCAGGAGUGUUUGAAGAAAGAUCUAGCGCAAGACUUAGAUUGGCUGGAAAAGAAGAUUAACGGGUUAGAAGAUGGAUUUAUUGGAUUAUUACUGGCAGAUGACCUCGAAUGGCUAGUGUGGUGUCGAGGUGUAUUGCUGGGUUUACUAGAAAAAGAGGAAGGGGAUAAGGAUGUGGGUGAGAAAGCUGCUAGUACUAAUGACAAGAGAAAUCAGAAAGAUAAUCCUAAUGACGUGAAUAAUCAAACGAAAAGCAGCCAAAGCGAAAACAAGCAGAAGGUUGCUGAUAAGCAAAAGAACAGCCAGAUAAAGAAAAUAGUGCUUAUUGACAAUAUUGGCGCUGCAAAGUUAGCGCGAAUAUGGAUAAGCCUUCAAAGUCACCUGGAGGUCUUGGACUGUUUCAGUCAAGUGCUAAAAGAAUGGCGAGAUAAGUAUAAGAGAUGGCUAAGUGGGUCAGAAACUUUAGAUCAGCAAGAGAGCUACACACAAGGAGAGCUUCUGGUUUAUGAGCUGUUUAGAAUUGAGAUGUGUUUAGGCCAGUAUCGCGGUGUAAAUAAGAUCUGGGUGGUAAGUAGAGUGCGAUUUUUAAAACAGAUAACGUCACAUUGGCUACACAAUUCGGGACUAUUAGAAUCAAUAGAUUCGAAAGGGAAUGUCAUGAAUUGGAAUGAUGUUAGUCAAAUAGUUUCUGAAGACAUGAGCCCGUAUUGCCAGCAGCCGAUUGACAUUCUUUACCUUUGCGAUCGGCUUAGGGAGUUAAUUCUUGAGAACCAGGACUGCUACUUGAUCUUAAGCGGUAUAAUAAGAAACAUCUAUACCUUUUACAAGAAUUAUCAGGAAUUGUGUGGGUUUGAUAGAGAGACUCUGCAAGAAAUCAACACGAAGCUUGAACAGCUAGAUGAUUACCGUUGGGCAAUUGAGAUUCUGUUGAGCAAGAAAUUCAACAAGUAUCGCGAGGAAAAGAACCCACCUGAAUAUCUCGAGGCCAUCAAUAUCCUACACCAAACACAAGCGCACAGUGUCUUACAUGAUGUCUAUCAAGAGCUUAUUUCACUCAUUACUACCGCAACGGCUGCCCAGUUUGGCAAGUAUCAAGAAUUUCCCACACUAACCCAAGUCUCAGUUUUUGAUUUAGCUGCUAUUAACGCGUUACUUAGCCGAGGCAUUCCACGACUAGAAUACAAUAUAGAGGUAAUAAACCAGCAGAAAAGGUUUGUGGAAGACGCUCUUGUUCUCCUACUGGAAAAGGAAAUGGCCAUUCCUAUCACACAGCCAGCCAGCACUCAAGGUAUCCAACAAAGUCCUAUUUGCCAAGUAGACGUUCUGUAUCUGGCCAGCAAUGGGCAGGACCACAUCUUUAGUUUAUCUAGUACUCCAAACCUCCCCCCGCCUUUGAAUACGAAGGUUGAUGAGAACAGCCCCGGCGCUGAUCCUAGUUUAGCGGCCAUUGAUGGAGACGUGCAGUCCACUCAGCCUCUCACUAACUCUGUAUCACCAACCACUACUCCUGCACUAACUCCGGAACCGGAUGACCCAUUACUGAUCUCACCACCCCUAAACAACUAUUAUCAACUCUUGGCUUCUUUUAUGAAGGCCGAACUAGGAUUAUCCGAAUACGACCCCAAUAACAUGGAUAAACUAGAAUGCGAAAUCAAUGACAAAUCCGAAUCUGAAUCUGAAUUCGAAUCUAAAUCCGGCAAUAAUAACUCGAGUGAAUUAGCAUGUGAAACUAAGUCUGAAUCUGAAUCCAGCGGCAAUUCCGACCCACUUGAUCCUAAUACCUUGAGUAAGCUUAAUGAGCUCCAGGCCGCAUUCUUAGCUGAUCGACCACCACCACAACCAAACCACACAUUCUCAGCGAGGCCAGCAGAAUAUACGCCUUAUAUCGACGGUGUACUGGAUCUAGGCGUUUCAGGAGAGUUAAUAGCCGAUGAAUGUUCCGAUGAUAUUCAGACUGAGCCCCCAACCACCUCCGAUGACUCCGACGCGACCCCAUUAUCCACUACUAAACACAAGCAUAAGAACGGCAAUGACAACGACAAUGACAAUGACAAUAAGAACAACUCCCCAGUCGGCUCGAAUCCGACCACAGCUCUUGAUGAUUCCGACGACAACCCCGGCUACCCACCAGUCUAUACUCUCUCCUACCUUGCACUUCCCACCAACCAAACCCAAGACCCCGAUGAUAGCGAGGAUUCUGAUGAGAAUGAGGACUCUGAUGAUGACGACUUAUUAUCGGCGGAGAGAAGGCCCCCACAGUAUCCGGUUAGGUUUCAGCAAUCCCCCAACCGACUAGGAGUUUUCUUCACUCAGGACUACAUGCGCAUUCUUAUCCAGCCCUGGGGUGUCUUUUGCUACGACGCCGAUCGCGAACAAGUAUGGAUGCCCUUCGAUGAGUUUAUGACUCCUUUUACUUAUUAUCGAAUUCAUAAGAUAGAUCUGAAAUUCGUUCUGAACAGUCUCAAGGAACAAUAA